AUGGCAUUUGAAGAAAUGGGCGGACGAGAUGUAAUAACUUUCAAUCGUCUUGGGGAUAAUCAAAGUAGACUUGUUUAUAUCCAAGCACUCGUCAAUAUUAAAAAGAAUGAAAUGGAAAAAUCG